AUGAAGCUCAAAGUACCAUGGGAGAAGCUCUUAAAUUGGCCAUACCUACGACAGGAGGUUCUGGAAUGGCUUCGUAGUAGGGGCCACCUCAACGUUGGUAUUGAUGAUGCUCAGUGGAGCUCCAUUGCAAUUAUCAACGGAUAUUAUGUCAUCUUUGUGGGAGCAUCCAGCACAGAAGCCUUCGACCUGCGGCUACAGGAGCAAUUAUCCGGAAACCUCUUCCGAUACUUAUAUCGUUGUAUCAGUGAAUAUCCCGCUCUUCCCGCCGAAGUUCACAUUCAUUGGGAUUAUUCUGCUUUGAGUGUGCCACCUACUCAUGGGAAAGCUUAUACCAAUGUUUUAAUGGAGGAACUCUCCAAGAAGAAGAGGAUUAAUUUUUUUUCCGAGAAUGUCAUCGAGCAGGUCAUCAGGGAAUGGCCGAACCUUUCAGAAGAAGCCAAAUCACGUCUAGCAAAAGAUAUCUUCCGUGAACGUCGAAGAAUUUUGGCCGUGUGCAUUCGUUCGAAAAUGCGAGAGAGCUGCAUUCAGACUAUAUUCAGGCAGUUUGAGGGGCUCACCGAUUUGACACCAUGGCAUUCGAGGAACCAGUCAUGCCCCAAGUCAGUGGACGGUCCCGCGCCUUACGAUCAUCAAUGGGAAGAGUUUAAUGAAACUCUUCCAGACUUCUUCCUCCACCAAUUUGGCCUCAAGGACGACAUGAUUGCUUCAAAGGAAGAGAGUGAAGAUACAAAAAUGCUCGAUAAGCAUAUUAUUGUCCCGAUCGAAUGGCCGUCUGGAAAGGAAGAAAAGCCCAUUGGUCAGGGAAUGUUUGGCCAAGUGUUCAAAGAUUCAUCCCGAUCAUCACGUUUUCUCUCCGAUGAGAGACAAGCCUUUUGCCCUGAAGCGAUUCCUUGGAGAGGAUAA